AUGGACCAAAUUGCAAAGACCACUCAAUCUCUCACCACUGCAGCAGACAUGCGGGAAACCAGCAUGAUGCUGAUGCAGCCCAAUGCCAACUGGGAGGAGUACCUGACUCCAGCUCCGCUCUCCAUCGCCAUCAUGGGGGAGCUCGUCUUCAUCUCCACAUGUGAUGACUUCUCCAUCAACAAGAACCCCCCACCAGGCGGCUUCAAGCACAUUAAAUUCCCAGACUCCUUCAGGGCCUGUCUUAUGCAAGUCUGUAACUCAGGCUGGCACGCUUUCAACGAGGCCCAUAAGAACAUGGAUCAGAUCCGCAUCCACACGGCCACAGUUCCUGAUUACAUGAAGGCAGCUGUCAAGAUCCUUUUCCAUGGCAGCGAUGAAGUUAUAGAAAAUCUUCUUCCAAAUCAAUUGGAAAACAUCCGCAGCAUUGCAGAGGAGUGUGUCACAUUGGCAGAUGGUGUUAAUCAGAAAUACACUGAAGUCAUCAACAUAAUCCAGGAGCUGUUGGAGGCCUGUAUCAAUGCUGAACACUUUUAUGGAGACGAGCUGGAAAAGGUGAAGAUGAAACUGGAGGAAAACAAAAUCAGGGAGAAGACGGCCACAGACCUGAAUGAACUAUCCAAGAAGGCAAUGGAAAACAUGUCAAAGCAGCUGGAAAACGAUCAGAAGCAGUACAAGAAAUCAAUAGAUUCCCUUCCCUCUGCCUGGCGCAUGCUUGCCAUGGAUGUUGCAGCAGGAUACGCAGGUGCCAUGACAGGAAUAUUGCAUGGCAUCACUUCUUUAAUAAGUUCUCCUGUGUCAACAGCUUGUGAUGUAGCACAGAUAGUCUCAAAAACAUGCCAGAACAUCACAACACCAGCAGAAGAUGAGGAUGAAAGUGAUGUGAUCUCAGAUAUGAAUAUCUGCAGCAAGUCUGAAGAGAUUAUUCACUUUGUAGAAACACUCAAAAUAUAUAUCAGUGGAGGUGAAAUAAACUGGAAGGAGCUAUAUGACCAGAAAAAUAAAUGCACAAAGGCCCAGUGGAUUGAGAAGCAAUUCAUAAGGAUCUCUGAGAACUUGAAGAUUCCACUGAGUAAACUACAAAAACAAGGUUUGUCACUUUGUGAAUCGGGCAUCAAGGUCUGUAAAAAGAUGGAUACAUAUAAGCCAGAUUCUGUGUGGGAUGCAGAGAAAACGACAAAGCUCAUUGAGAAAAUAGAGAAGCUGAAUGAUGAUGCCUAUGGUUUUGACUCUAAGAGUAAAGCCGUCUUAGGUGCUCCCGCACUUACCCCCAAACCACCAAUGAUGUUCAAAACAGAGAGCAAUCACGCAGAUCCGCAUUGGGCCAGUAAAAAAAUGUCUGAGAAUGCCCAUUUCCGCAUUGAACAGAGCAGAGAGCAACUCAAGCAUACACAAGAGCUAUAUGAGAAGAGUGUGGAGAACAUGGAAAAGAAUCAGAAGGAGCUGACUGACAUCCUGGUUGAGAUGCAGAAUUGCAAGGUCAAAGAGAUCGACUUUGACACCACCAUCAGGAUGCUGGUCAAGGGUCUGGAUGCCAUGGGCAGAGUCAAAGAGCAGUGGGAGAAGAUGGUGCGCUUCUUCCAGUUAGUCUCCAACAUCAUCAGAUGCAGCCUGAGCACAACAAUGCGCAACUUUGUCCAAACAGCUGAUCAAGCAAAGAAGCUUUCUUAUGAUGGCAAGCUCUUUGCAAAAGACAUGCUGUACAACCAGGCCUUUCAAGCCUCCAACAUCGCCAGCCUGGUCCACAUGAUCUCAGGGACCUACACUGAAGUGUCCAACACAUACCUGAUGGACAGAGUGAGCAGCCUGGGCAAGCUUAUGGCCAUGGAUAAGGCGAAGCCAGAGUUUGACUUAGAGCGUGUCAAGCUUCAGCAGUCUUGCCAGGAAGCUCAGAAGGGCAUCCUUCAGCUCGUCCUGAAGAACAAGAGGGAAUUUGAGAUGAAGACCCAAACCAGGAUGGCAAAAAUAGAGAGUGGGCUGAAAGCUGUUCUGCCUGCUGCUGCGCCUGAGAGGAGUGAGAGAAUGAAAGAAAUAGUUCAGGCCGGUUUUGGUUCAGAAGAUGGAGAUGAUGAUUACGUUUAG